UUGGGAGGAAGCCGGUUCUGAUUUUCUGUUUACGUGCAUACAUAUGUACAUCCAUGUAUAUGUAUAUGUAUGUAUGUAAAGGAUGUUUUGCAUGAUAGAUACAUAUUAUUUCUCUUGACUGCACUGAGGAGUUCAGAUGUAAUAAGAAGUACAUAAGUGAUGAGGGAUUUUUUUUUUAAUAAUGAUACGCAAGACAAUUUUGUUGCAGGUGUAUUUGGUUGGGGGAUGAGAAGAAAUGUUUUUUCUGCAUUGGAUACGGCCUGUUGUGUUGGUGUAUCUGUGGUACACUCCAAAUUUAUUGCCCAAUUUAGAUUGGCUUUAAGAUAUGGAUAUAUAAAUAUUCACAACUGUUUCAAAACUAACAUACUCUUCUUUAAGAGUAUAAAAAGAACUAGUUCCUAAAUGUAUACAACGAAAAAUUUCAUUUACGUAGCCCUGGAAAAUAGUGAUUCCACAGACAGCUGACUUGGAUUUUGUUUAGAUUUUGUAAAUUGUUGAUUUAACGGGACGAAAAGUUAAUUAUUUGAUUGGAAUAUAAAGUACAAACAGUUAAAAUGGAUCCAGCACUGCUUCGCGAACGCGAGGCCUUCAAAAAGCGGGCGAUGGCCACGCCCACCGUUGAGAAGAAGUCCAGGCCCGAUAGACCAGCUCCACCGCCUCCCAGCGAUGAUUCGAAGCGUAAAAUGCGUCCCCCAACGGCUCCCAAGCUGGAUGCCUCAACAUACAAGACCAUGUCUGGCAGUUCCCAGUACCGAUUUGGAGUGCUGGCCAAGAUAGUUAAGUUUAUGCGCACUCGUCACCAAGACGGCGAUGAUCAUCCCUUGACUAUAGAGGAAAUUCUGGACGAGACUAACCAACUGGACAUUGGACAAUCUGUGAAAAAUUGGCUUGCUAGCGAGGCUUUGCAUAACAAUCCCAAGGUGGAGGCCAGUCCGUGUGGCACCAAGUUUAGUUUUAAGCCAGUUUACAAAAUCAAAGAUGGCAAAACACUGAUGCGACUGCUUAAACAGCACGAUUUGAAGGGACUAGGUGGUAUUUUGCUGGACGAUGUACAGGAAUCCCUGCCUCACUGUGAAAAGGUCUUGAAAAACAGAGCUGCCGAAAUCCUGUUCAUUAUUAGACCUAUUGACAAGAAGAAGAUAUUGUUUUAUAACGAUAGAACAGCCAACUUUUCGGUGGACGAAGACUUCCAGAAACUUUGGCGUUCAGCUACAGUUGAUGCAAUGGACGAUGCCAAAAUCGAUGAAUAUCUUGAGAAGCAGGGCAUUCGCUCUAUGCAGGAUCAUGGUCUCAAGAAACCCGUUCCCAAGCGCAAGAAGGCGGCGAACAAGAAGCGGCAGUUCAAGAAACCCAGAGACAACGAGCAUUUGGCAGAUGUUCUGGAAGUCUACGAGGAUAAUACACUAACACUGAAGGGCGUGAAUCCUACGUAGAUAUAUAACUUUAGAUUAGACAAUAAAAAUAACUCUCAAUGGUAAUAAGUACA